AUGACUGUUUCAAAGCAAACAUUUAAAAUAAAGCUACCGUUUACUAUGUAUGAAUUUAGACGUGGACAAAUUUAUACUCUAUGUAGAAUGAUGAGAGAAGAUGUAUCUAUUAUAAAACACAGCAGAUCUAAAGAUGGUAAUUUAGUAAGAACUGAGAGUAUUAAAGAAUUAAACCUUUCUCCUUUCAUCCCUUCAGCAGUCAAAAGUGUAAUUCCAACAAAAGCAUGUAUAGUUGAAGAAUUCUCUACCAGUAUAGAAGCAAUUUUAGAAGAAGAUGCUAUUGCAUUACAUAAAUUCACAGAGUUUGUUCAAAAUGAUGAACAUCUUGUAGAUGAACACUUUAAAAGAAUUUAUAAAAAAAAUUCUCAUGACUGUUUAACAGUCUAUAAGAAUAAAUAUUAUAGUGAAAAGUCAUUUAGAAUAACUAUAACUACCAAAGUGAAUACAGAUCCAAACUAUAAGGUGGAAGAUUCUCAUGUUAAAGAAAUAGAUUUUAGAACAUUAAAAUCUGAUAUUAGUCUUUUAAAUGUUGGAUCAAGGGAUUACACAGGUGAUUGGCAUGGAAAGUUUCCUGUUAUAUAUGUUUAUAAAACAGUUGAAAUUGAAGUGAACGUUUUUGGAUUAGGAUGGGUGAGUAGCAAAAUAAAUAAGGGACUUAGUGAACAGCUUUUGGAAUUUCAGACUAAUUUAAUAAAAUGGUAUGAUGAGUGGAAGAAUCUGAGUGAUGAUGAAUUGGAGGAGUUAGAAAAUGACAUGAUAAAAAAAUUUUAUAAGAAGAUCAAUUAA